GCCCGGAGCGACGGGAAGGGGAGACCGGGCGGGCGGGGAGCGGAGCCGCGCCAGCCCGGUGCAGCCGCCGCGCACCGAGAGCUGCGAUGGGGCUGGAGACCGAGAAGGCGGACGUGCAGCUCUUCAUGGACGACGACUCCUACAGCCACCAUAGCGGCGUCGACUACGCCCAGCCCGAGAAGUUCUCGGACCUGGGCCAGGACCGGGAUCCGCACCGGCUCAACUCGCAUCUUAAGCUGGGCUUCGAGGAUGUGAUUGCAGAGCCGGUGACGACGCACUCCUUUGACAAAGUGUGGAUCUGCAGUCAUGCCCUCUUUGAAAUCAGUAAAUACGUGUUCUACAAGUUUCUGACCGUGUUUCUGGCCAUCCCCCUGGCCUUCGUGGCGGGAAUUCUCUUUGCCACCCUCAGCUGUCUGCACAUCUGGAUUAUAAUGCCUUUUGUAAAGACCUGCCUGAUGGUCUUGCCUUCAGUGCAGACAAUAUGGAAGAGUGUGACAGAUGUUGUCAUUGCCCCAUUGUGUACAAGCAUAGGACGAAGCUUCUCUUCUGUCAGCCUGCAACAGAGCCGUGACUGAACACUUGGACUCCAGGUCUGGCGAUUUGGACACUGUUAUAAUUGUAACAGUCCCUUGUUUGUUGAAGCAUGAAAGAGCUACUGUUCUAUUCCUUUCUCCACUGCUCUAAUUAAGAAAACUAUUAAGAUGGGCAGCCACAUUUUAAAAUGUUUAUUGGCAGAUCUUUUCAAAUAAUGCUUUUCUAAUUAAUAGCCCCAAAUUUCCCAUCUGACUUUAUAGCAAGAAUUUUGUGGUAGGUUGGGACCCUUCAUUUUAAAGGCAGUUUUUGCUUUAGUACAAAAGUGUGCAUUUGAUAAUGAUGAGUUUAUAGUAAUUAAGGGACAGUUCUCUCAAAACAACACAAUAGUCUUGUGUACAACUGCUUAUCAAAACAUGGGAUUUCUUUUUUUUUUUAACCCCAGGAGUAGCACUUUUUAAAUUACCUUUACAAAUAUAGUCAUAAGAACACUUGAGUAUAGGAUGUCCAAAGAUCAUAUAAAUUGCAGUAAUAAAUGCACAUAGUAACUAUGAUAGUAACUAUAAAAUAUAAUGAGAAAAAAAUGUGAAAGUAGAGUCAUGAAAAUAUGUUCCUUUAACAUAUUGUUAACUUACAGGCCUAUUUAACAAGAUGUUUCAUUUUUCUGUAUAUUUUGUAUCUAAUGUAAAUGUUGCUCUAAUCAGAUUGCUUUAAAGCAUUUUUAUUGUAUUUGUUAUCUGUUGAACUAAUACACAGAAGGAGUGAGAAAACAUGUCUCUUACAAGGUAACUUCAUUGGUAAUGUUACACUAUCUCAAUUAUGUAAGCAUUUAUAUAUUUUCUUUGGGAAUAGAAUGUAAAAGAACAAUACAUAAGGUUUUCCUUUUUAACUUUUCCAAGCAAAAUCCUGAAAUGUUUUAUGACUAACGUUAGGACAAAUGUCUAUCUGGCUGUGAUCUUAAAAUAAUUCAUAUCUAAUUCUCACUUCUUCUAUGAGAUGCCUUCUUUCUUAUCAUUCGAAAUUAAACUUGUAGUCUGUAUUUCUAUUAAUGGUUCACUUUAUUUCUAAAUAAUAUUGGUGCUAUUUAAUAACAUUUUUCAACAAAGACUAUUGCUGUCACUUAACUACAAUUUUAACUCAGUGAUUCCUAAAGAGACACUCAGAGCUGACAAUUUAUUGGGUCCAUGCUACUGAACUACAUGCAUAAGUUAAAAACUAACAGCUGCAGACUUCCAAGAUGUUCUAUAUUAUGGGUUUUGCCACAUAGUAUAAAGUCAUUCUUCCAUUUUUUAACUGUAGAGUCCUAUUUCAGUGUUAUGAGUCUUUAUUGCUUUAAAAAUCUCAUUAAAAUGUUCAUGAUGUGAGUAGUUCCUAUAAUUUACACAUCUUUGAAGUGUGUACAUGUUCAAAUUUCAAAAUUACCAUCACAACCUGAAUUGGCAUUCCUUUAAAUAUUGUAAGUGACAACUCUUCAUUGUAUAAAGAUUAAUAAGAUUUUUCAAAAUUGCCCAAACUGGUGAAUAUAAAGGAUAAUGAAUAUAAAGGAUAAUUUAACUGGAAUAGGAUUGGGGACCAAAUCAAGCAAAUGACUAAUUGUGAAGCUCAGGUAGUUUUCCAGGUAUUUACGAAAGAGGCAUCUCAAAGCUGCAGAUAGUUACAAAAAGAGACAUUUCAAAACUGCUUUAGGCCAUGGUAUUAUCCUUUGAGAAGGCUCUUGUAAUGAUUGCCUUAAAACACUACCCUUCAUUUAACUGUACAGACUUUCCUAGGCUGGUUAAAAAGGUCAAUCAGUUUCAUGACUUCAUAGUCAUACUUUAUAUUUUAAAAUUUCUUAAAACAUUUGGACAUCGUGAUAAUCCAAAAGUAUUUGAUUAAUGAAAUAUUUAUCUUAAUAAAUCAUGAGCUUCUAUCUUUUCAAAUUGCUAUUAGCAAGUUUUAAAGUCAAUAUAUAUACUUAGAAGCACAUAGUAACAAAAUCUUUUAACUUCUAACAAGUGAUGUGUAAAAUUUCUGUAUUCCUUGUCAGUGUCGAUUUACUUUCAAAAUGAGUUUUUAUUGGAAUUUUUACCUACUGUAUUUCAAAGACUCAAAUUUUGUACCAAGUAAAUCCAGGUUUUAUGAGCAAACAUGGGAUUCUCUUAUUUGGGGUCUGUAGAUGAUGGGAAGACUUUCUCAGUAUCUGUAAUAAACCUUCUAAAAAUCUG